ACAAUUUUAACUUAUUAAGAAAAGUUCUGGAGAGUUCUUGGAGUUUCUGGAAAACUGGUUUUCUGGAAAUCCAGUCUUUGGAGAUCUAGCGGCCCAUUUCAUGUUAGUAUUCGGAAUCAGCACACUCGAUUACCUAUUGUUCGCUAAGUUUUAAGCUAGAAGCGAUUUAUCACUUGGUGUCCUUUCCUCGUUAGAUUCAUGAAUCUAGAGAAAAUGACUCUUCACUCAGGGCUUUCAAUAGGACGGCCUAAUGUUUCUAGACUUAUUUUAGAUUUCUGAACACAAAAAAAUUCAAAAAAAAUUGCUUUUGAACAAGUUCUAGGUUUUUUCCUGACAUUUUCUCUAUAUAUAAAAACAUAUCAUAGGUGUUCCGAAAAAUGCUUCAAAACUCGGGAUUUUUAAUAGAAAGGACUUAUUUUUUUUCCAUCAAAAGUGUUUUCUAGAGCACGAAUGUGUUUGUUAUUGGAGGUACGGGAAGUGGUCAUAGUGCUGAUAGUAAUUUUGCUGGGAAAAAAGGAUCUGAUACAGAUAUGUGUAUAGAAAUUGGUAGAAUCGAUUCAGAAAAUGAAUUAAUAAAAACAUCAAAACCUGGCUUUGUUCGCAUUCGAUGGAAUCCAAUAGAAGAAAUAUUAAAGUCAAAGCCCUUUUCAAAUGAUCAAAAUAAUCAACAUUGUAUAAACGGCUAUAAAAUAAAGCAAAAUAUGAGAAAUUUCGUUGACUACAAUUUUGAAAUGAUUAAUAUGCAGAAAGAUAAAACAAAGGCAAGUCAACCAACACCUGAAUCAGCAGCUUUAAAUGUAAAACUUCGUUCAUGUUCCGAUGUACUAACAACUUCACAAUCAUUUAGUGAUGCACUAACAGAUGUUUUGAAUAUUCAACAACAACAAGAAUAA